GCUGAGAGUGAGUGCCGUAUCUCUGGCUCAAUGGCGAGUGAAGUUGUCGUUAUCAAUGGCUCUCCGAAUGGCUCUUCCGCAUCCGCAUCACCUGAAAUGGACCAAUCUGGUCUACGAAAGCAUAUUAUGAUCUGCCCUACUUGUCGAUGUAACUGUAAGGACGGAAAACACCUAUUUUCAUUCUCAAACCAUGCUCGUGAAAAAAUUCAAUGUUCAGUUUCAAAUGAGUGGCAAGGAAAGGGUUCAGGCUCUACCAGUGCUAGCAUGCUCGGAGCAGAAUUGCCUACUCCCCUCGCUAAACGUCAUUGUGAGCAUCCAAAAAGAUCUACGAAUCACAUCAUGAACGGAAAUUCUCAGUUUAUCACAGAAUCAAACAACAAUACCGGUGAGGUACUGAAGGUGAUGGUCACCGGAGGUGCGGGCUACCUAGGAACUACCAUUGUACCUAUGCUUCUAGCUCGUGGCCAUGAAGUCAAGAUCUAUGAUCGUCUUAGCUGGGGUGUCCAGUCUAUCCUACCUAUUGUAGGGUCACCUAAGCUCACAGUGGUGCGUGGAGACAUCCGAGACAAUGACAAACUGGCCAGGGAGAUGGAAGACUGCAACGUUGUCAUCCAUCUAGCUGCCAUUGUUGGGUACCCAGCCUGCGAGAAGGACCCUGAUGAAGCCAAGGAAGUUAAUGAAGAUGGUACAGCCAACAUCAUCAAGAACCUCAGACGGGACCAACAGCUUAUUUACGCAUCCACAGGCUCCUGCUAUGGAGCGGUUGAUGGCACUUGCACUGAAGAAACGCCCAUCAGUCCUUUAACCCUCUAUGGAAGCACCAAGGCCAAAGGAGAAGAGCUGACCAGAUCUGUUGGUGGUGUUGGACUUCGGCUGGCUACUGUAUUUGGCAUAUCUCCAAGGUUACGUCUUGACCUCCUGAUCAACGACUUGACCCACAAGGCUGUAACCUUGAAGCACUUUGACCUCUACCAGGGUAGCUUCCGAAGGACCUUCCUGCAUGUCAGGGAUGCUGCUAGGGCAUUCCUUAUUGCCAUGGACAACUAUAAAACCAUGAGUGGCCAGGCGUACAACGUUGGCCAUGAAUCCAUGAACAUGACCAAGAGGGAUGUGGCUGAUACCAUUCAAGAUCUUGUCCCAGAGUGCAAGAUCACCACUUCCAACAACGGAGAGGACAAAGACAAGAGGGACUAUGAGGUAUCCUAUGCAAAACUGCGCAAGCUUGGCUUCAAACCCACUAUCACCGUGAAAGACGGUAUCAAGGAACUGCUCAAAGUGGUUCCCCACAUGACCGAGAAUGAAGUCCGGAUUGCACGUAAUGUUUAAGGAUCAUGUGUGUGAAAAUGUAGUGGAUGUUAGGCUGUAUACGAAAAGCAGAAUUUAUGACUUGUGACCUUAAGAUCAGUAGAUAUCAACAGUCAAUACUUUGUGAUAACAUGCAU